GGCGUUGUUGCUCUUCAUCUGUCUGUUUUAUUUUAUGCAUUCAUCAGUUUGCCGCACAAAACCCACCCUCUUCCCACAUCUGCCUGACAUGCCAAAACCUUCAUCACUGUGCCUGCGAUUGGCUCAAGGCCACAUUCAACUGAUUUUGCUUGGCUGAUAUGAGGAAUAAGACUAAACUAAGACUUCUUUUAAAAUUAUUCAGUUCUAUUGGUUUCCUUUUUAAGAGGGAGGAGUUUAGAACUACUAUGUAAAGUGCUCCACUCAGCAGCAAGAGGUAACAUGAGGUCAGCUCAACGCGUUUCCUGUUUAGGUGCCUUGCCAGUCCACAGAAUGAUGAAAUGCUGUGUGUUGUUGGCAGAGGAUGCUGCAGAGCCACUGCAUUGCAGGCCAUUUGGGCUGGGCUUACUGCUGGCACAUCUGCACUGCUGAUAAACUGAAGAUCCUGGGACUUGCAGUCUUUGGAUCCUCUAGUCUGUAUUCACAGUGGUGUGUCAGGUUGUACAUUACAUGUUGUAAUAAAUCCUUUUUUUUUUCUCAUCUAAUUAUAUAGAUAUUUCUAUGGUGAAGUAUUCAUUCAGAACAUGUAAGGCACAUGCUUGAAUUGGCCUUAUCCUGGCUUUGACAUGUGCUCUGUGGCCUCCCCUGCUAUCUAUAAAUAGAGAAAUGGAAAUUAUCUGAUCCCCCAGUCUUUUUUGCAUCCCUUUAAUUUGAACAAAAGAACAUGCACAGCAGUAUUUGAGUUUCCAGAGGGUGUUCUGAAGGGGAUGAACAUUAGUGCAGCUCCCCACGCAUUUUGUCAUAUGCAGAAAACAUUUGUAUAUUCUUACCACACACGCAGGAGUUCAUAUAAGUCAACUGAAGAUUUAACAUUUAAUAUUCUAUAUGUCGUAUUAUAAGAUGCCAAGAAUUUCCUGAUUAAAAGGUUUAUUUUUGAACCAUUUAUACUAAAUAUUUGGCUUUUAUUUUGUACAUAUAUUAUAAAGCCAGUAAAAAAUAUAAAUAUUUUCUGGAAGAUUUUUAUUUUGUAUUGAGUUGGCAGCAUAUCUCUUUUCUAUCCACUAUUAUGUCAUGUUAGAUGGUAAAAUCUGGAAAGACACAUUUUAAAAUCAAUUGAAAUGGACUAGUUGUCUUUUGAAGCAGAAUGAAACGGUAAUAUAUUCAAAUUUGAUAAAUAUUAAAUGUUUUACCCUUUUUUCUCAUGGACCCACUAGCACCCCCUUCAAGUCUCCACUUUGAAAACUCCUGUGUAAAACUUCUUUUCCUCCCCUAUUGUUUAAUUUCAUAAAGAAAGAUGCCUUGCAUUCAAAUGUGCUUCAGAAUUUAUAACUUGAAUCCAGUGUAAUCUUAACCCAACCAUUAAGUGAGCUAGCAAGCCAGACAUAUAUCAGGAUGCCUGUUGCAAUAACCCCAUUAAAUAAAUGAAUGAAAAAUGUGUGUGUGUAUAUAUAUAUAUAUAUAUAUAUGAGUAAAUCCUAGUAGCAAUCUUGUUAUCUCUUGUUGACAUCUCUCAACAACAAUGCAUUUCUGUCUGCAGAAUUGCCCCUUACUGGAUGUUUUCUUGUUUUUGGCACCAUUCUGAGUAAAUUCUAGACUUGUGUCUGUGAAAAUCCCAUGAGAUCAGCAGUUACAGAAAUACUCAAACUAGCCCAUUUGGCACGUCAUGCACGGUUGAUGGUUGAUGUGAACAUUAACUGAAGCUCCUGACCCAUGUCUACAUGAUUUUAUGCACUGCAUUGCUGCCACACUAUUGGCUGAUUAGAUAAUCACAUUGAUUUUUUGUUGGUGCCAGACGGGCUGGUUUGAGUAUUUCUAUAACACACACAACAGUCUCUAGAAUGUACUCCAGAAUGGUGCCAAAAACAUUCAGUGAGGGUAAGUUCUGCGGAUAGAAACACAUUGUUGAUGAGAGAGUUCAACAGAGAAUGGCCAGACUGGUUCAAACUGACAAAGUCUACAGUAACUCAGAUAACCGCUCUGUAAAAUAUUGGUUAGAAUAUUAUCAUCUCGGAAUGCUAUUCUGAGAUGUGGGUUGGCGCUGUUUUGGCGGCACAAGGGGAACCUACACAAUAUAUUAGGCAGGUGGUUUUAAUGUUGUGGCUUGUGUGUGUGUGUGUGUGUGUGUGUGUGUGUGUGUGUGUGUGUGUGUGUGUGUGUGUGUGUGUGUGUAUAAAAUAAUAUAUAUGACUGUCAGCUUAGCAUUCAACAUCCAGAUUGGCCAAACCAUUGAAGGGCGUGGCAAAGAAAUGGCAGCACUUAUGGGAAGUGGGUGUGUCUUAGGGUGGUGACCACUCCCUCCCUACUCAUAAUGCUCUAACCUGGUUCUCAUGCAAUUCCUCGCCUUUCACACCACCAAACAUUGCUUGGCAUGCUCCUUUUUAAUCUCAUAGAUUGUAACAUUUAUUUUGAUGACCUUGUGCAUCAUUGCUGUAUGCUCGCUAACGAUAUCCUGAGCUCUUUGCUGCCCUCCCCCUCCCUGUAUAUGCUGACUACUCUAGACCAUUUCAAGGACUGUACGUUGGUGAUGUCACUGUUCCGUGAACAUUUCCUGCUUGUCAAAACAGAUCAUUUAGCAGAGAUGGGCCACUUCUAUUAAAAUUUAUGGAAGAAAUUGGAACACCCAACGGCAGCCUGCAGUCAAUGGGAAAAAAUACAGCCUCAUCACCGCUGCCUUUAAAUACCAAGCACGCCUCUUCUAGCUACCUGCUGGUAUCUUUGCGGGUCCAGGAUCGGAGCGGUGAGGGUCCAGUGCGAGUUGGAUGCGUCCCCAGACCCGAACCCUUGAGUUAGAUGUGACGCUGGGAAUUGGCGCACUUGUCGUGGCGGGGCAACUCUAGUGAAGCCUAAGCCACAUGCACCUUGGACCAAUAAAAUGUGACUGCUUAUUUGAAAUGUUCUUUUAUUGUAAUCUCGACCAACCGUUUUGGAGAUUUCGGUCUUUCCCCAUUCAAGUAGAAAGGAGCUGCACUGUCGUGACACUUUUUUGCAUAGAAAAAUAGCUUCUCCAACUGCCCUAGAGCGUUCCAAAAAUGGCCGCUGACUUGUAAAAAACACUUUGUUGAAAGGAUCUGGAAAUACAUUUGUGUUUUAGUUGACAUUCUUGAAAUGGUCUAUACAGAGAAAACUAACACCGCCGUCUCUUUUUGUUAAAGUGGUUUAACAAAAAGCUGCAUGCUGGUUAAUUUGGGUUUCACUUAAUUUAUAUUUUUUUUUUUCCAUAAUGGCCUUUAUUUUUGGUGUGUGUGUGUAGAUGUGACUAAUAUUUUUCCCAGUGCAUAUUUUCUUUUUUGUAUGUUAUCCAUAUAUUAAAUGUUUUUUUUUCUUUAUGCGUGGAUCAGUUUUUAGCUGUUUCAAUUUUUUUGUCACAUUAUACCUGCUUAUAUAUUUGCAUCAUGUUUUUCUCUCAAUACCGUCUCUUUAUUAAUUUUUUUUAAGGAGUAUUUAAAUGCACAGCACACACACACAUAUGCGUAGAUUGGGCCUCUUGAUGGUAACCCGAGGCCUCCCUCUCCCUCCACCUUCCUUUUUGUGUAUCUGUGAAUCUAUAGAUCUACCUUUCACUGUCUUGCCCCUCGAUCUCCUCUCACUCUUGUUACAGCUACAUACGUAUGUUUUUGUGGUGGCUCUGUUGUCAUGGUGAUGAACUUACAAAAAGCUUGUGAAAAUGUUUGGUUUUAUUUGUAUGCAAGCUCUCUAAUGGAUGUGCUGCUCUUUCCUUUUUUUUUUUUUACUCUUAGUAGUUUAUGUAUUAAUCCAAAGCGGUUUAUAUAUGAAUUUAUGUGUUACAUAUAUUCAUUCCCCCAAUUAACUGACACUGAAAGUGAAUUUGUAUACUCAGAGGUUGGUAGCAUUUACAUGUAUUUUCUUUUAGCUGUUACUACCUUCACUAGGAAUGCCCAAUAUUAAGCAAGAUUAGAUUUUAUACUAUAGACUUUAGUAAGGUUUAGUUAUCCCUAUUGCUAGAGAACUGCACAACAAAUCCCUCCAGACUGUAGGAACUUUCCCUCUUGUUCUUUCUAUCUCCCUCUCUUUCCUUUCUGCUCCCCAUGUUUAUCUGACAAGGAGUUUAAAGGUGUAGCAGAUGUUGCUAAUGUUGACAACAGUGAAGGUGUUUUGACAGUUGUCUGGCUACCACGUGUGCUUGUGACCAAGUGUGUGUCUGUGCGUGUGUGUCGGAAGCGCUUCUUAUUGUUGGAAUAUUGUAGUCUUUCCUCUCUUCCUCCCAUCAGGAUAACAUUGGGCACCGACUCCUUCAGAAACAUGGCUGGAAGUUGGGUCAAGGCCUGGGCAAAACCAUGCAGGCAUUAUGAUCCUGGCCAUGUUGUGCUGAUGGUAAACUUAGUGGACGGACUGACCCUGUGCCCAUCGUCCUCAAAUAUGAUGUCAUGGGAAUGGGGCGCAUGGAGAUGGAGCUGGACUAUGCAGAAGAUGCCACAGAGAAGCGGCGGGUGUUGGAGAUAGAAAAAGAAGACACAGAGGAACUGCGCCAAAAAUACAAGGAUUAUGCGGAAAAGGAGAAAGCCAUAGCCAAAGCUCUGGAGGACCUGAGAGCCAACUUCUACUGUGAGCUGUGUGAUAAGCAAUAUCAGAAACAUCAGGAGUUUGACAAUCACAUCAACUCCUAUGACCAUGCACACAAACAGAGACUAAAGGAGCUGAAGCAGAGAGAGUUUGCUCGGAAUGUGUCUUCUCGUUCUAGAAAGGAUUGCAAGAAACAGGAGAAGAUGCUGCGCCGUCUUCAUGAAUUGGCAGAACAAAGGAAGCAGCAAGAUCAUGUCCCUGGUAGUGGCCCCAUGUUUAAACCCACCACAGUGACAGUAGGUGGUGAGAAGGGAGAAGACUCCAUGGAUGGUGUGCCUAUGACCAUAGAUUCCAACACAGAAACUAGUGAAGAUAAAGGAGUCUGUGGUGUUGGUGGUCAAGGCUCCCCUAGAACAGCCCCUACCAUCAGCUUUGGCUUCAAUAAAACUAGCUCAUCUCCAACACCCUGUGGAGGCUCACAGGCUCCCAAAGUCAGUGUCUCUUUCUCCUUUGCCAAAAAAGCCCCUGUCAAACUUGAGAUAGCUGCAGCUGUCUUUGCAGACCAUGUUGAGGAGGCAAUGGAGGGAGAAGAAGGUCAGGAAGAGGAAGGAGAAAAGACUGAAGCAGAGGAAGGAGCUGUGGCAUCUAACACUGAUAGCCCACAAGGUACAGUAGGAGGUGGGGAUGGAGGAGGAGGUGGCAGUGGUGAGGAUGAACAGUCACAACCAGAUGAUGGAGAAGCCCUGGCCUCUACCUUGAAUAAGCUAAAGAUGAUGAUGAAAAAAGAGGAAGGUUACUCUGGACAGGAACCACAGUAUUACCAUUAUGUACCUCCUGCACACUGUCGAGUUAAGCCCCAUUUCCAGUUUCUGCUUUUCAUGAAGGCCUCAGACCAGUGUGCCAGUAAGGAAGAAGAGGAUGGAGAGAAAGAUGAGAAGGCAGCAGCUGGUGAAAAUGGAGAGCAAACACUGCUAAAAGUCAGCAGUAAAUCUGAAAAAGAGACUGAGAAUGAACCUUUACAUGAGCAAAGCACAAAUCCUUCUCCCACAUCAACCAAAAUGAAGACAGAGGAAAAAUCACGUAGUACCCCUGUGGGGCAAAUUAAUACAGCAGUUUUAGACAUCUCUUCUCAACCAGCUGAUACCAAGCAAGAAAUGUCUGCGCCUCCAGACACAGGUCCCCGCAUUCCAUCUGGGCCUUUCUUUCCUGUGCUUGGUAAGGAUGAAAGCACCAACUUGCAGUGGCCUUCUGAAUUACUGGAGUUCACUAAGGCUCAGCCAUCUCUCUCCUACAGUUGUAAUCCUCUCUACUUUGACUUCAAGCUGUCAAGAAACAAAGGAAACUGGGCUGGCAAAAACAGCAAACCUGCCAAGCCAGUUAGCACUGAUGGAGGAGAGGGAUCUAAGUCUCACAACAUGGAUACUACUCCUACCACUAGUGGAGAGAUCUGCACUGCCACAAUGGUAGCAGGACCAAAUACUGAACUAAAGGGACAUACAUCCUUAAAAGAGGAGGGUGCUGAAAAUGAGAACAAAGAGCAGAAAUUACCAAGUAGUGAAGAUGUGUCUGGAGGGUCUAAGAAAAAGAAAAAGAAGAAGAAACACAAGAAAUCAAGCAAGCGUUCCAAACGCAGCGAAAAAGAAAAAGCAGCAGUGGAAGGGGAGUUGGAGAAUGAGAUUCCAGGAGAGAAAACUAAAAAGAAAAAGAAGCAUAAAAGAAAGAAAAGCAAAAAUAAACCACUUGAUGCUGAGGACAAUGAAGGAGUUGACCGUAAGGAAAAAGAGAAAGACAAGGGGGUCAAAGAUGGAGUUUCCUCUGCCCAGUCAUUAGUAGUAACAGUGUCCCAUGAGGGAGAAAAGAGAAAACGAUCCCACAAGAUUUCACAGUGUUCUGGAGUGGAGGAAAGCAGUGCAGAAAAGCCCAGCUCUGCAGAGGAGCGCAAUUGUACUAAACGCCUUAAAUCUGACCCCAGCGCACCUGCUGCUUCUUGUUCUGCUUCAGCCCGGAAAAGCUUAAGUGGCGGUCGACCUCCCAGCAGUGACAGUGAGGAGGAUGGAGGAUCAUCCUCUCAACGUUCUCGACCAGCUCGCCAUUGCUCCACACCACCACGUGAGCAGCGCAGACACCACAGUGAUGAUUCUGGACGAUCAGGACAUUCACGUAGUAGAUCAUCUCGUGGAGGUGACCGUAACCAUAGACACCACAGAGGUCAGAAGUCACACAGUCGAUCCUAUUCAAGUAGCUCUGAGCGUUCUUCUGCAAGGAGCAGUGCUUACAGCCGCCGUAGUCAUAGUUACUCAGACAGUUACAGUGACUAUAGUGAUAAAGAACGUCACCACAGAUCAAGAAGACCUUCUUCAGAUUCAGACUAUGAGAGGCGUGAUAGUGGCAGGUCUCACAGACGGCACUACUCCUCAUCUUCCUCUGAGGACUCUCGUUCCCGCUCACGCUCACAUAGUCGCAGGAAACAUCAUAGGCGGACACACCAACGGAGUAGUAGCCGCAGCUCUAGUCGCAGCAGUAGGAGCAGCAGCGCUCGCUCCUAUAGACACAGUAGUUAUAGUCGCAGCCGUAGCUCUGUUAGUCGUUCAUCUAGCUCCACUAAGGGCUCUCCACAUCGUCACGGUCGCAGCCGGCGAUCUGACAGUGUCACACAACGACGUGAUUUCAAUCGGUCACGCAUUUACCGUUCCCAAUCUCCAAGGUCCUCUUCUCGCACACAGACCCGAAAAAGCAACUCUUCAUCUGCACAAGGCACUAGAGGUAGUGGUGGAGCUGCCUCAAAGGAGGACGGAGGUGCUGCAGAACAUAGAAAUUCAUUCACAGCUCGACAGCUACUGGAGAAAAUCCAAUCUCGAAAAGGAGGGGAUGAGUCUGGAACUGGCACCAAGUCAGGCAUUAAGAACAAGGACCCCCCACAAGGAUACUUUGGGCCCAAGCUCCCCCCUGUCCUUGGAAACAAAAGUAUUUUGCCCCUCUUUGGUAAACUCCAGGCUGGAAAGAAACUGCCAUUAUUUUCUCUUACACGUUUAAUUGAAGGUGAAAAGUCAGAGCAGGGGAAAAAUUCUGGUAGUAGUGAAGUGAUCUUGGUAGAACCCAUUCGUGAGUUCCCCCCUCCUCCUCCUCCUCCGCCCCAGCCACCAGUCCAACAACAGCAACAACAAAAGCAGCAGUUAGAGGAGGCUGUACCAAUUGCUUUAGUGGCUGAAGAGACCAGACAUACAGCCUCAGACCCACAGGCCUUUCAUGAGUCUCAGCAACAAUAUGAGCAUGAUCCAGCUAUGAUGAUGCCACAAUACCAAGGUGAGGCAAGGCAAGACCCCAGUAAUCCCAUGUUGGAUGGACAUCUGAUGGGGCCUGAUAUGGGUCCACAGCCUACUAUGCAUGCCUAUGCUGGUUACCCCGCACCCACUAUGGAGGAUGGGGAAAUGGGUAUGGAAGCUGAAGAUGAUGGACUUGCACCUUUAGAAAGUCAACCAAUCACCUUUACCCCAGAGGAAGUAGAAAAAUACAGCAAGUUGCAGCAAGCAGCUCAACAGCACAUUCAGCAGCAGCUGUUAGCCAAGCAGGUGAAGAGCUUCCCUUCAGCUGCAGCUGCUGCAGCGGCAGCUAACUUGGCAGCAGCUGCUAAUCUUGCCCCUGCACCUCCGCCUCCACCAGCUGCAUUGCAGCCUAUUCACAUCCAGCAACCCACAGUUUCUGCAGCAUCUGCUACCUCCCUUACCACAAUGCAGCAUGCCAUCCUGCAGCAUCAUGCUGCUGCUAUGGGCAUUCAUGCCCAUACCCAACACCAUCAUCACCCUGCACAUGCCCAACUUGCUCAGAUUCACCAUAUCCCUCAACAUCAUCUAACCCCUAUCUCCUUGUCACACUUGGGUCAUUCCUUAGGCCAUUCAUUGGGUCACUCUUUAGGACACACAGGCCUGAUACCAUCUCACCAUACUGCCUUUUUGUCAGGCCAACCAAUACAUAUUAUACCAGCCUCUGCGCUCCAUCACACCCCUUUUGCUCUGCACCAUGUACCCCAUGCUGCCCUCUACCCAACUCUCUUUGCCCAUCGGCCAGGCACUGCAGCAGCAGCGGCUGCCCUGCAACUACACCCCCUUCUUCACCCCAUCUUCUCAGGGCAGGACCUCCAACACCCUCCAAACCAUGGUUCCUGAAAAUUGCAUACUGCUCCUCAUAUAAAGAGGACCAGGCCCAGUAGUGUGAAAGGGUAAGAAGUUUUAGCCAGUGGGUGGCAUGCUAUGACUACCCAAAAUCAUCUGUCCUCUACGUACUCUGCUACUGUAAGGGGAUCUCAGCAGGAAAGAUUUUGGGAAUAUUUUGGGAAUUUAUAAAGAAUAAGAGUAAGAUGAUCUUGGCUGCCUUUUGAGAUUGUAAUGUGAUGAAAAUCAUGUGAAAUUAGGACCAGGAGCUUGGUUGGCAGUUAGUGGUAUAUCAUAUACAUUAAAUAUACAGUAAAUUCCCUCAAGGAGUGUGGUACCAAUUCAAGGGUUGAUUUAUAGGCCAAGGACAUGUAUCUUACAACUAUAUAAAGGACAAGAAACCACUGGCAUAUCUUGAUUCUAUGGUAUGUCAUACAUUUUUGUUCAUUGUCUGAUGUGUUUCUUAUAUCCAAGGCUGGCUGUAGGCCUAGGGUUGACAUGGGCAGUCUUAGAGGGUCAUAGGGGAAAAUGUUUUUCUGUGUGCUAAACAUUCUUGAGAGUUUAUGAAUUAACGCAUUGUAUGAAUAUGCAAAGAUACACUUGUGCCUGGUUCUCAAAAACCAGGCUGUGAUGAAUUUGACAAUUGGCCCACUGCAAGGUUAGCAUAGUAUUUGUUCAUUUUUAGCUCAUACCAGUUAUCAUUAGAGUACCAUACCAUGGUGUCACAAAACAUGAACAACAUUAAAAGCCAUACUUGGCAUUCAACUACGUAAACCUAUUUUUUCUUGUUGGCUUAUAACUUAUCUGAAAAUAGUGAAUGGAAUAUAGACAUCACAAAUGUUGAUGUCACACAUUUUUAUAAUGUCACAAGCUGUUGAAACUGCAUACCAGAUUACACUUUGGGAUUUGAGAGUUCCCAUCACUCGUUUAUAAAAUUGUGAAAUAUUGCACUGAAAAAAAUGUACAGAUGCUGUUUUUGCAUCUUGUAACAACUGUAUGAUUGUAUUCUGCAAUAAUUUUAUUUUCUAUUUUAUUUUAAAUUAUUUUCAGUUUUUUUGUUUUUUGGAAAAUGUUUUGGUUGUGUUUCUGUACAAUUAGUUCAGUGUAAAUAAACUUGUAGUAAAACGAUAAUGUAAAAUAAAGGUUGGUAACACCUGUUUAAAAAUGAUAAUAAAAAGAAUAAUGAAAUGAAAAUGGAAAAAGUAUAUCAUAAACAUGAUCGGGGCUGGUAUUACAGAGGUCAGGGGAGUCUUUGAAAAGUGGAGGGACAGCAGAAUGUUGUACAACUUUUGGUGACAUUAAUUGUACUGUAAAUUGCAGCAAUGACGUAAUUUUUUUUUUUAAGUCCUUCUUGAUGCAUCAGCAAAUAAAACUGAGUUGUAAUCACUUGUGUACAAG